AUGAAGCUUAUUGAAAAGAUGUCACUGCAAAUAGACGAGAGGCAAAUUAAUAAAUUACUGAAGAAGAGUGAAUCGCCAAAGAAACGUCAAUAUGACAGCGACAACGAAAGUUCCACAGUUAACAAAGUGGAAAUAGCAAACAUGCAAGAAGAUAGCUCAAGUAUCGAAAAAACGCCGAUCCAAGAGCUCCAGCGAUUUUCCACCACCGCCAAGUAA